AUGCGGUUACUACUACUGCUAAUUCUAGCCCCGGCUGCGCUCGCACUAUAUUGUCCCUCAAACUGCUACUGCGGGCUGUAUGAUGAACUGGAAUACAGAUGCAAGUCUGGCAGCAACAAACUAACAUAUAACGCGAGGAACAAUGAGUAUGUCAACAUACAAUGUCAGGGUGCAAACCUCACCUGCGCAGAUUUCCCUCAGAUCAAUUUCGCCAAUAAUCAAACUCUCCCAUCCCUCUGGCUGAAGGGAUGUCCUCCUUCCAUCAUCCCCUGCCUGAACGACGCGCUGAUGACGUCAUCGAUAAGUUUUGUGACUCUCACGAAGUUACGAGCACCUUUGCGAGCUGAUGAUGUAGAGCAUCUAGGAGAGGUACAGGAGAUCAUGAUAUCUGAGGGUCCAAAAGACCCGCUACCACCAUCAGCUCUCGAGAAACUCCCAACUCUUCGACGGCUGCGAAUCACCAGCACUGCAAUGACCCUCAACAUAUCCACUUUCGCCCAGUCUCCAGGAUUAGAGUACUUGGAGCUAUCAGACCCUGAGAUCACGGAGAUCCCCUCGGGGAUAUUUGCUGGUCUCCACAAGUUGAAGAUGCUUAACUUUUGGGGAAACAGUUUGAGUGACGUGGAGGUGGAUUCUUUGUUAGGUCUGGACUCAUUAGAAAACCUAUCGUUUACCACGAGUCGACUAGCAAAUAUAUCUCCCGGGGCAUUUAAACACGUGCCGAACUUAAAAUCUCUGUACAUAAUGAAGAAUAGAAUCGAAGAGAUCGCUCCAGGACUGUUGACUAACUUGACUCAACUGGAAAAUAUAACGAUACAAUUAAACGACAUCAAGUUACAUUUACAUUCAAACUCGAUCACCAAUCUGCCAGGUCUAAAGAAUCUUAUAAUCAAGGACUGCUUCGCUGAAUUACCGAAAGACUUAAUUACCGGCUGUGAGGCCCUUAUCACUUUGGACCUCUCCCAAAACCGGAUAACGGGUAUACCGGAUAAUUUUUUCAAAGAUUUGAAGAAUUUAGAACAUCUUGAUUUGAGCUAUAAUAGAAUUGCUAAAUUGAAUAGUGGAGUUUUAUCGCCUUUGAAGCAAUUGAAGUAUUUGAACCUGGACCGGAAUCACUUGGAGGUUUUGCCUGAAUUCUUCUUCGCUGGCCUAAGGAAAUUGGAAGAACUAUCGAUCAACGAAAAUUUACUCACCACGAUAAAUGCCUUAGCGUUCCAAGGCGCCACGUCUUUGCAAACAAUAUCAAUGAUGGGAAACAAAUUGGCGUUGAAAUCGCAAGAACAAAUCGAAUAUGCAUACAACAUGGGAUUUGAAGUAUAUUCUCCAUUCAACACUUUGAUCGAGUUAAAAAAGUUGAUAUUGAGUCGAAAUAAUAUCACCACCAUUUUUGACGAUUGGAGAAUCGUGUUCACCAAUUUGGAAGUACUGGAUUUGUCUCAUAACCGUAUUGAGAAUUUAAAUCCGGACAAUUAUCAGUUCCUAAGCAAAAAGGUGACAGUGGACUUGCAGUAUAAUAAUAUAAGUACUGUAGGCAUGUACCAGCCUACUGUGUCGAUUGAUCAUUCGAAUCAGUAA